CAAUCAAUCUGUCUCCAUAUCAUAAUCCCAAUUUGACCGCUCCGCUGCCUCCCUUCCCUUCCUUUUACUUUCUCUCUCACCCUCCCCAUCCCCAUCCGCAGCAAUGGCACCCGCAGCAGAAGACCACUCUCUCUCUACUCCCCUCCUCUCCUCCGACCAUCACCACCCCCACGUCGUCCUCACCGUGCACGACCAAUCUGAUCCUCCUGAAUCCACAUCCGUGUCCGACUCCAAUUCUCAGGCUCUAUUUCAACCGCGCGAUGAAGACCGUCAUAACCCGUUUGCGUUUAUCGGGGCGAGUGAUGGUUUCGAGGUCCCCGGAUCCAGCACCAUCGACCCGUUCCGUAACCAUACCCCGUCUAUCGAGGGGUUGUAUGAGUGGUUGAAGAUUUUGAUCUGCUUGCCCCUUGCGGCUGUCCGGCUUGUGCUGUUCGGGCUGUGUUUGGCGGUGGGGUACUUGGCAACCCUUUUGGCGUUGCAUGGGUGGAAGGAUAAGCAGAAUCCCAUGCCCAGGUGGCGGUGCCGGCUCAUGUGGAUUACCCGUUUUUGUGCCCGUGCAAUCCUCUUCUCCUUUGGCUACCAUUGGAUAAAAAGAAGAGGAAAACCUGCUCCUAGGGAGAUUGCUCCUAUAGUUGUGUCUAAUCAUGUAUCAUAUAUUGAACCUAUUUUCUUUUUCUAUGAAUUAUUUCCCACCAUAGUAUCCUCUGAAUCGCAUGAUUCCAUGCCUUUUGUUGGAACCAUCAUCAGAGCAAUGCAGGUUAUUUAUGUUGAUAGAUUCUCAAGGUCAUCCAGGAAGCAUGCUGUAAAUGAGAUAAAGAGAAAAGCUUCUUGCAAUCAGUUUCCUCGAGUGCUUUUAUUUCCCGAGGGGACAACGAGCAAUGGAAGAGUUAUUAUUUCCUUUCAACUUGGUGCCUUCAUCCCUGGUUAUCCUGUUCAGCCAGUUGUUGUGCGAUAUCCUUAUGUACACUUUGACCAGUCCUGGGGGAAUAUUGCACUAGCAAAGUUGAUGUUCAGAAUGUUUACUCAGUUCCACAAUUUCAUGGAGAUUGAGUAUCUUCCCUUAGUGUCGCCUCAUGAAAACCGGAAGGAAAAUGCGCAUCAUUUUGCUCAGAGGACGGGUCAUGUAAUCGCAAGUGCACUCAAUGUGGCACAGACAUCUCACUCGUAUGGAGACUUUAUGCUUCUUGCAAGAGCAGCAGAGUCAAAGCAGGAAAACCCUUCGCUGUAUAUGGUAGAAAUGGCCUGGGUCCAAUCAAAUCUACAUCUGAGGGUUUUGGAAGCAAUAGAGUUUUUGGAGAUAUUUCUGUCAAUGAAUCCAGACCGCAGUGGACAUGUCGAAUUUCAUGACUUCCUUCGAGCUCUGAAACUGAAACCUUGUGGUCUUUCUGAAAAGAUGUUUGGAUUCAUUGAUGUGCAGAAGAUUGGUAAAAUAACAUUUAAACAGUUCUUGCUUGGUUCAGCCCAUAUAUUGAAGCAGCCACUAUUUCACCAUGCCUGUGAAUUGGCUUUUAGUGAAUGUGACAUGAAUGGGAAGAAUUACAUUUUGAAGCAAGAGUUGCAAGAUGCUGUUUCACUAACAGUUCCAAACUUGAAUUAUGAUGAGAUCCAUGGGCCUUUUAGUUUGUUUGAUAUGGAUAAUGAUGGGAAGAUCAGCAAGGAUGAUUUCAUCUCCUGUUUGAGAAGACACCCAUUGCUCAUAGCACUUUUUGCACCAAAAUUGUUGCAAAGAAGUUCGUCUAUUGCCACACAGAGUUUAGUGCAGGAGGUUUUUUAAGAAUGGGUGGCGCAUUAGCCUUGAUAUUCUUGGUUUGUGAAAGGUUGUCCCAUCCAAAGAGGAGGUGGUGUAUGCGUGCGUAUGUGUAGGAGUCUGAUAUCUAGAACUGUUGGUGUAUGCAUUUUCUGAAAAAUUUCUAUCAUACCAUCAA